AUGCGUCCAGAGGCGAGCUCAUCAGGAGCAGCAGUAGUCUCAGAAUCUACACCUUCAUUUUCAUCACCGUCGGCACCGUCAACCCCCGCAUCAUCUGGAAAGCGAAGCAGAGAUCCUGAUGAUGAGGUCUACCUCGACAAUUUCCACUCUCACAAGCGUUAUCUCAGCGAGAUCAUGGCAUCUAGUUUGAAUGGACUUACAGUUGGAGAUCCACUCCCUGACAAUCUAAUGGAAUCUCCAGCAAGGUCUGAUCCAAUGUUUUAUGCAAGGGAUGAGAUGCCCUUAGAAUACUCACCAAUGUCAGAGGACUCAGAUGACUCGAGAUUUUGUGAGAACCCUAUCAACACAUUUUCCUCACAACCUGACAGCACCCCUUCUAGUCCAGUCUCUCCAUAUAGGUAUCAAAGACAACUUAAUGGGUUUUCUUCAACUUGUUCGACUAGUUCGCAUGCUUCACAUAGCUGCCCUCUCACUAAUUUCAACUGCCCACAGUCCCGUCAACGAGGCUCUGAUUCAGAGGGGCGAUUCCCAUCAUCACCUAGUGACAUUUGCCACUCGGCUGAUUUAAGGAGGGCUGCUCUCUUACGAUCAGUGCAGAUGAGAACACAACCCCUUGGUCCACCAUCUUUUGAUUUGACAUUUGGUUCAGGGCAAGAGUCUAUAUCUAGUAUUGAAGGCGAGGAGAGGCCAUGUGCCUUUAUGAAAUCUUUAGUUGAUGAAAGGGAUUACCAAAUUGGUGAGUGUUCUUCUAUGGCUAUCUCUGCGCCAGACUUCAAGGCAGAAAAAUCAUGCAGGAUGAUGAAUAUGGAUGUGAAGGGGAAUCAGUCCUCCUCAGGCUAAUGCUUGAGCUCGCCAAUUGUAGAGUGUUGCAGAUGGUGCUGCUAACUGUGGGGGUGGAAAGCUUACCACUUCUCACUUAUAUGUUCCCUUGAUCCUGGGGAGGGGGGCUAACUCCCAUAACUGUAAUUCUAUCAUUGUAAAUCAGUUGUGUAAAUUGUUAUUAUCGAGACCGAGGCUCGGAUUCGAAACCCUCAGCGCCAGCGGUAUUAAAUUUGAUUCCCUUAUUCCCUUAUGUAAAUUAUUUGACACCUUUAAUAGCUUCUUCGUCGGAAAAUAAUCUUCUCUUUGAAGUAACCAAAUGAUUUGCUGGGAAUUCAGCAAAAUAAACGAAGAGUUGCAAGAA